AUGAUCAGACAGUGGAAGUCGAUACGCCAAUUCCACCAAACGGUUGCCAGGUCUGCCGACUUUACUCAUGUUGUAGUCGGUGCGGGUGCUGUGGGACUAGCAAUUGGUGCGGAGCUCGCGAAAAGAGAGUCCAACAACGUUCUAGUGAUUGAGAAGCACGCUCAUCACGGACAGGAGACUUCGUCUAGAAACUCCGAAGUUAUUCAUGCGGGGCUGUAUUUUCCGCCGAAAUCCUUGCGGACGCAACUGUGUUUACGGGGGAAAGAAUUGAUCUACGAAGCAGCCAAGGCCGGUGUGGAGUUGAGCCAGUGUGGAAAAUGGGUUGUGGCACAAGACGAGGUUGAGGAGCAGUAUCUUGAGAAAUUGCACGAGAACACCAAAGUCAUUGGUGUUCCUACAGAGUUUGUGCCGUUGGAGAAGGCCAAACAGCAAGAACCGUUGAUCAGAGCCAACAAGGGCGUUUUGAACUCACCAACAACGGGAAUUGUUUCUGCACAUUCGUUGAUGAACUAUCUAUCUGCAGAACUAGAUAACAGGGAGGGAAUGCUCAUGACGUCGACGGAAUUGACUGGUGUCGAGAAGAACGGCGACGAGUACACGCUUCGAACGAUUUCUGGAGGAGAAGAGUUCAUUUUAACCAGUAACGUUGUCAUUAAUAGUGCGGGACAUUAUGCACCGGGAAUUGCCAAUAUGCUGCUUCCUCCAGAGAAACAGUAUAAGGCAUAUUAUGCCAAAGGGAAUUAUUUUGCGUACUCUGGAAACCCGGGGAUCCAGAGGCUGAUAUAUCCAUGCCCAAACCCAGGAAUUGCUUCUUUGGGCACCCACUUGACACUUGAUCUGGGCGGACAGAUCCGGUUUGGGCCAGAUUUAGAGUGGGUCGACAGUCCUGACGACUUCCAGCCCAACUCGAAGAAUCUUGUCUCUGCGUUUGAGUCUGUUGCUCGGUUUUUCCCCGGAGUCAAGCUCGAAAAUAUGAGCGCCAGUUAUACCGGGAUCAGACCGAAACUGCAUGGGCCAGAGUUCAAGGAGUUUCAAGACUUCAUCAUAGAGGAAACUCUGCCUGGGUUUGUUAACCUUUUGAGCAUCGAGAGUCCCGGUUUGACUUCUUGCAUGGGCAUAGGAAAAUAUGUAUAUGAAAUGGUCGGAUAG